GUAUAUAAGGACAUAUUAAUAGAGUAACUUACAUGUGAAUAUAAAUACGUUGCAAUAUGUGCCAAUGAGCGAUCAAUAAUGAAGAUUAAUAAUUCAAAAGUAGCGCUUAUAGCUACAAAACUCAAAGUCCCAAGGUUCCUCGUUUAACACAAUGAGGAAGUCAUACAAAAAUUGUUUGUCCAAUGAGAGACAGAAAGCUGAAUCUCACGAAAGCGCGAGACAAAAAACACUCAACUGUCAAUCAAACGAGAUCAAGCUGUCACACGCGCUGGACGCGCGAUAAACUCUUCGCGCAUUUCUGAAAUGAUGGUGUUGGACCCACGUGGAGAAGUCGAUGUGUGCGGAGAGCAAAUAGAGGAGUGUGAUAAGAAAAUCCAGGAGCUGAAUUCACCAAACCUGACCAGCAAGGAGAUGGAGGGUUCAGUAUCUACUAAUAACAGUGAGGAGGCAUCCCGAACCGACCAAUCAGAGAGUGAAGAGAGGACAUUUGUGAGCAAUCUCUACCGUUUUAUGAAGGACAGAGGGACGCCUAUCGAGAGAAUUCCUCACCUUGGUUUUAAACAAAUCAACCUGUGGAAAAUCUACAAAGCUGUGGAGACGCUGGGAGGAUAUGAUGCAGUCACAGCCCGUAGGCUAUGGAAGAAUGUGUAUGAUGAGCUGGGUGGGAGUCCAGGCAGUACUAGCGCAGCCACCUGUACACGCAGACAUUAUGAAAGGUUGGUGUUGCCUUUUGAGCGACAACUGAGGGGAGAGGAGGACAAACCGCUCCCACCCGCCAAACCUCGCAAACAAUACAAGAGAAGCCCUGAGAACAGGGGGAGUAAGACAGAGAACAAGAAGAAGAGAAAAAUGGAGAGAGAAGAAUGUGAGGAUAAGGUAGGAUCCGAACAUUGCAGUGAUAGAGGGAUAUGUUCCCAUCUUAGUCAGUGGGCAACAUUCUCCGAUCGUCCAGAUGCUGACCAGUCCCCAACAGCCCCGGUCCAUGGUACCCACCCUAGCACGUGCUCAAGGGAGAACCCCUUCCUUCAGACUCCGACUCCGUCCGAGGUCAUCUCCCCUUUGGAGAAGAAGAAGAGACUGGCUCAGGCCAGUCUUUCAGUACCUUUAUCUGGAAGUACAGAUGAUGGGACAGAACUAGAGAGACCUUCUGUGAUUCAGCUUUCCCACUCCUCCCAAUCCCCUACUUGCCCAUCCUCGACUCGUACCCGCCACUCUUCCGAUGGCUCACCUCUUCCUGUCUCAUCUCCAUCUUCUUCCUUUUCCCGUAGCCCCUCUCCUUACUCAGUCUCUUCUGAAGACUGUAUAGCUGUGACAACCCAAAAGUCCCCCGUCAAAGAGACAGAGAAUAAGACACCAUCCCGUGUAUCCACUGUCCCCACGUCAGAAGCUAGUAGCACCGGAGUUUGCAAACCCCUCAGCUAUUACCCCAACAGCAAAGAACUCCCCAACUACCACCGCCAUCAUUACCAGGAAUUCCUGUCAGCUGAAGCACAUUCCGAAAAGGCCCGGAGGAGUCUUUCGGCGUGGAAAACCAGCACCAGACUUGCUUCCCUCAGGCUACCCUCACCUGCCUCAUACAACACCAAAGCCUACUGGGUCCCUCAUGUCUCUAGCUUCUCCAAAGUCUUGCCACGUGACCCACGUUUGUCACUACAGCCUGGAUUUAAACAGCACAUGCCUUACCACCAGCACCUCCUUAAAAGGCCCACUACGGAUGAAGCCUACUUGAGGAAGAUGCCAGUGGCACCUUCACUUCGUAUUACGGACAAGGAGAAGUCAAAGUCAAUGUUGCCCAAGCCCCUGCCAACUCAGCAGUACCUUUUCCACCACCAUAGUGGUCUGACAAUGCCUUACCUCCCAGCCUUAGAGAGACCUCGGGGAGACUUGAAUGAACAGUUGAAAGGUCUACCACUACAACCUGUACUUCUUCCUACCCAUCUAACCAUCCCUCCAGCUACGCAUUCCAUGCAUUGCCCACCAGUGGGAACAUCUUUUCCUGGUCCAUAUGAGGCCGCUUUGCCUUCCUAUACUUACCCAUUACCGCUCUGGCAUCCACCCGCAGGGUACAGCAUGGCAGGGCUACAGCCUUACUGAUCUAAUGUGAAACUGCUGGUCCUUACGGUCUAGAUUUUUUAGUGCUCUCAGGACUCAUGUUAGCAAAAAAUGACCUUAUUUAUUUUCUUUAUACACAUUGAUUGUCUUUCUAGUCUUUGUAAUACUGUAUUUUACCAAAUUGUAUUGCUUACAAAUUUGUUCGAAAUUGAGUUAAAGGGGACAUUUCACAAGACUUUUUAAAGAUGUCAAAUAAAUCUUUGUUGUCCCCAGAGUACGUAUGUGAAGUUUUAGCUCAAAAUAUCAUAUAGAUAACUUAUUAUAGCAUGUUAAAAUGUACACUUUGUAGGUGUGAGCAAAAAUGUGCCAUUGUGGGUGUGUCCUUUAAAAUGCAAAUGCGCUGAUCUCUGCACUAAAUGGCAGUGCCAUGGUUGGAUAGUGCAGAUUAUGGGGCGGUAUUAUCCCAUUCUGACAUCACAAGGGGAGCCAAAUUUCAAUGAGGUAUUUUUCCACAUGCUUGUAGAGAAUGGUUUACCAAGCUAAGUUACUGGGUUGAUCUUUUUCACAUUU